UUAUACAACUCUUGAAAGGCUGUAAACUGCCGACGCCCUUUUUCAGCAAGAAACAAACUGUCAAGUUUUUCUAUGAUAGUUUUCACACCAUUUUCUUUUUUUAGAUCGCUUGUCUCCAGUUCCGAGGUUGCCACUCUGGCGCGCCCUUCCAAGGACAGGUGUAUAGCUAGUGCUUGUUUGCUCUUCGGCAGUUCGGUCAGUUCACACCAUAUGUCUAUGUCCUUCUUCCAGCUUUCAUAUGCGCUUUCAUCACUGAACUUAGGUGGCCACUUGCUUGAUGCCAUUAUGAUCUCUCCAACCACGCUCUGCUACCAGUGUUAAACGCAAAAAAACUAUCCAACUGAAUGUUACUAACUCGCUGUUCCUAGAAGACUGCCGCAGGUCCAAUCAUUCACUUCCUACAUUCUUUGUGAUGACGUCAUGGCAUGUCACGUGACGUAUCACGUGAUACAUGCGCACAGACUGUAUAACGAAUAUACAUAUACAAAAUUAAUCUUUUAUUUAGCUGCAUAUCUUACGUUAUAUGCAGAAACACUAACAUAUAUAUUUAAAAUACCCACCCACCUCCCCUCAGGAGACAGUGGAGAUAGAAAAUCUGAUAGAAAAUGGGAAUGGUUCCUGAUACCCGCCUCCCAGCGGCGGGAAUGGGUACUAACCACCUAACUCCCACUACGUGUGUCGUAAGUUUUUAGAAAUUCUGUCGAACUUCAGAGAAUACAGCUAUAUAUAUAUCUGCCAGGUAAGUAUGAACAAACUUUAUUGUAUCUUAACAAUAUCAUUUUACUUUCAAAAAUUGUGAUUUUUCUCCUCAUUAAUUUUGCAUUACCAGGACAUCAUUCCUUUUUAAAUUGCAGCUUGUGGUGUUAGCCUUGUACCAGAAGUCAGUCAGGAGGGACUGCUGCAACCUUAUUCAACUUAUGCUGAUGUGACCUUGUUUCAUUUUCACAUACCAACUGAGGUUACACGUGUCACAUGGGAAUUUGCAGCUUUUAUGGAUGACCCAGGAUGUCCUGUGCGAGAUGUUCAUAUGUAAUCACAAAGUCUGCUUACUUGCCUCAUGAUGCAACAAUCUUGCCUGUAUAUAAUCCUUUGCCCGGGAGCUGGUUUGCUGCUGCAUACAUUCCAAAUUGGAAUGAACAGAUGCAACAGGAGAUGGUCCGUUGCCAGGCAGAGGGGUGUCCCGCCUCCCUAGGCAAGCCGUAUGUCCAUGUAGUUUGCCGCUCCCACGCAAACUGCGCCGUACAACUGGAGAGCUACAUGUUCUGGCCCCCCGACGCGUGUACUAUGUGUUACGAGAUGGUGUCCUCUCUAGUUGAUGAGCAUGCCGAUCCAGCGGUCCGCCACGAAGCGAGGACCAACCUGAGGAAGUGGGUGGCCGGCUUUGGCAAGAACGCCCUUGAAGGACAGCCUUAUGUACUCGACGCGGGACUUUGUGCUCUCCUUUUUCAGGGGGCCACAGCCACCACAGCAGUGCCAGCGAAGGUAGCUGAACCGCUCAUUGAAGCUAUCCGUUUGGCAACCAUGCCGGCCACCGAUGACCAGGACCUGAUGGACAACGUGGCAGCCAUCAACAUAAACAUAGAGCCCAUACUCACGGAGGAGCAGGUAGGUGGGGAGGUAAGCGAUGCGAGUCUGCUACUUAGCCCUACCCCUUCUUCUUCCUCCUCCUUCCUGGGCUUCUCUAAGCCCACCACUCUUGCUGCGGGAGCACUUUCUGUCGCUCCCAAAGUAAAAACCUUCAAAACUAAGACCUUAAAGAAAGGCACAAAGCCAGCUCCGCCAGCGGCGACGGUGUGGUCCUCGGCUCCACAGCCGUCAACCUCCACUCAAUCGCCUGCUGCCCUAAACCCUUCCCCAGAUGCGGGAAUAGGUUUACAGUCCACCGUCCCUAGGGCGGCGGAGUCUGGUGACGAUCUGGAAGCCUUCACUAACCUUCUGUUAUCGAGGGUUAGUGGAGUCAUAGACCAAAGGCUUGAGGCAAUGCGUCUCGCCUCGGUCCCGGAAGCCUCCGGUCAGGCGUUUACGUCUCUGACCGAGAGGAUAAAGCCUUUGGAGGAUAUGCUCUCCGGCCUCCUUCACUCCGGGACUUCGGCACUAUCUAUGAUGGUACCGGACGCCUCCAAGCUUCCUCCUUUUGAUAAGGAGAAUCCUUGGAGGCUAGCUCUCCAUGCCCCAUUCUUGGAGGGUAAACUUACCAUCGAAGGAUGUGGUACCCGGCCUAUUGAGGAUUUCGAGAUGUUUCCUCCAGGUCUCCAAUUCCCAUUCCCUGGGUAUGUGAGACUGGCCCAACAUGCUCUGGUUCGGGUUGAUAAAAUCCCCAAGGAGACUGUUAUCUUCCCGAGAGAGCAGUCUCAGAAUAUUUGGGUCCACAUAAAGGCUCCUUCACUAUGUUUGUGACCCCGGACGGAGUUCCAUCACCAUGCACAUCUACGGUGGCGGAACUAACUCUUCAAGCUGCGGCAGAGGACAAGCCGCUGCCGGUAUUGAGAGAGACGGAGGCUACCUCCCUUCUCUUUCCAACUGGACCGGACUUUUGGAAGGACGCUCCGGCGACGUUUACCACAGGUAAACUCGACCCGGAAUGCGCUUCCGACCUCUUUUCCGAGAGAUUGCCUAGGAUACCAGAUCACCUAGUGAAAACGGAGUUCGAGGCAAAGACAAGACUGGCAAGGUCUAUCAACUCCGUCACUGCGGCGGAGUUGGUAGCUUCCACCUACAAUGAGGAGCAAGUGUUUAGGGUUCUGACUAAGGUGCUUUUACAAAUGUUCCAGUCAGACCUCUACGAUUUCGCUGUGGCCAGACGCGCUUGUAGGAAGCACUUCUUAGCGGGUGCCUCCAUAAAACAUGAGCCCAAUAGGCUCAUUAGGUCUUCAAUCUGGGGAGAAAACCUUUUCCCCAAGGAGGAAGUUACCAACAUCCUCCAGGAGGCAUCCAAGGUAAACCAGAGUCUUUGGGUUCGAUGGGGUCUCCCCUUCAAACAUCAGUUCGAAGGGUCCGGACACCAAUCGAAAUCCAAGAAGAAGGCAAGAAGAUAUAACCCUUACCAGGGCUCUAGGCCACAAGCGUUAGUUCAAGCAGUGCCAGUUUCCCAGGUCGGUAAACCUUCCACCUCGAAAGCACAACCCCAACAGCAGUUUGUGUUAGUGCCAGCUCCUUCAGCCCCACAGCCGUCUACCUCUUCGGCUAUAGUGACUUCUCCGGUCUUUAAUCCUACCUAUGAAGCGAGAGAACUCUUUCACUCCUAUAGUAGGCAUGCCAGAAGUAGUCGAGCCAGAGGUGGCCCACGAAUACGUGGCGGAGCAAGAGGAAGAGGCUUCCGUGGAGGCAGAGGCUCCAGACCUGCACCCAACCAGUGAGGGUCCGCAGGUAGGAGGGAGGCUGUAUUUUUUCCGGGACCAUUGGACCUUCAGUCCAUGGGCCCACAGCAUAAUCUCGAAAGGCUUAGGGUGGAGUUGGGAGAAAGGGCCUCCUCCACCAGUCACCUUUUAUCAAAAGCCUAUGGUGGACCUGAUAGAUUAUGCCAAGGACCUCCUCCAAAAGAGAGCAAUAAAGAAAGUGGGAUGUUAAAAAUUUCAGGGACGUCUGUUCAGUGUCCCCAAGAAUGACUCGGCCAAAAGAAGAGUGAUUCUGGACUUAUCCCGUCUCAACUUACACAUUCGCUGCGACAAAUUCCGCAUGCUGACUACCUCACAGGUUCGGACCUUACUUCCCUGUGGGGCCGUCACCACCUCUAUCGAUCUUACAGAUGCCUACUAUCACGUCCUGAUAGCAAGGAACUUCUCCCCGUACGUAGGGUUCAAACUAGGGAAACAGGCUUACUCAUUCAGAGUCAUGCCGUUCGGGCUCAACAUUGCGCCCAGAAUAUUUACCAAAUUGGGAGAGACGAUAGUACAAGUUCUCAGAAAGAGAAGCAUUCUGUUGGUAGCUUACCUAGACGACUGGCUCAUUUGGGCAACCAGUGUCGAGGAAUGCCGCAGAUCAACAUACAAGGUGAUACAGUUUCUGGAAUCACUAGGAUUCCAGAUAAACAGGGAGAAAUCCAGGCUCACCCCAGCGUCUCGUUUUCAGUGGCUGGGAAUCCAAUGGGACCUGAACAGACACGAGCUAUCUCUUCCAACCAAGAAGGCAAAAGAGAUAGCAGAAGCCACAAAGCGUUUCUUAAAGAACAAGAAAGCUUCUUGGCGAGCCCAAGAAAGGAUUCUAGGUUCUCUACAGUUCGCGUCCGUGACGGACGUCCUGCUAAAGGCCAGGUUGAAGGAUAUCAAUCGGGUCUGGAGAUCAAGAGCCAAUACCAGACUCAGAAACAGGUCUUCGGCGAUUCCGCCUAUUCUGACGAAGAGGCUUCGUCCUUGGACGGAUCACCGGAACCUGUCCAAGUCAGUACCUCUUCAGUUCCCUCCCCCGUCUUUAACUGUCCACACGGAUGCAUCCCUAAGUGGAUGGGGAGGAUAUUCUCACCACAGAAAGGUACAAGGAACAUGGUCGGUGACAUUCUGCCAGUUUCAUAUCAAUGUCCUGGAGGCAAUGGCAGUGUUCUUGACCCUGAAACGUCUGUCUCCGGCCAAGAAGAAUCAUAUAAGACUGGUCUCGGACAGUCUAGUAGUAGUACACUGCAUAAACAGGAGGCUCCAGGUCAAGCAAGUUGAAUCAUGUUCUUCUUGCAAUUUUCUUUCUGGCAGAAAAGAACCAAUGGCACCUAUCUGCAGUUCACCUAGCAGGAGUCAGGAAUGUCGUUGCAGAUUCACUGUCCAGGACAACUCCGUUGCAGUCGGAGUGAUCACUGGACAUAGAUUCCUUCCGGUGGAAUGGCAAACAAAUCCCGGGCCUUCAAGUAGACCUUUUUGCCACGGAAGCCAAUCACAAACUACCCUGCUACGUGGCUCCCAAUCUAGACCCACUAGCAUUCGCCAAAGACGCGAUGUCCGUAGAAUGGAACAACUGGCAGAAAAUCUACCUAUUUCCACCAGUGAAUCUUCUGAUGAAGGUCUUACACAAACUGAGAACCUUCACAGGCCAAAUAGCCCUAGUAGCACCCGACUGGCCAAAGAGCAACUGGUAUCCACUUCUUCUAGAACUGAAUCUCAGGCCCAAACGGAUCCCCCAUCCGAAAUUGACGCAGGUAGUACAAACUCGGACUGUGUCAGCUUCCUCAGGAAUUCUGAGUGCCCUAACUUUAUGGAUUUCAUGAAGUUUGCAGCUCAGAAAGAUGCAAGCAUUGAUCCUUUAAAUAUCCUAUUUAUUGAAUCAGACAAGAGGGAUUCAACAGUCAGACAAUACGAUUCAGCAGUUGAGAAAUUAGCUAACUUUCUGAAGGACUCACAUGCUCACGAGAUGACCACAAAUUUGGCCUUCUCAUUUUUUAGGUCUCUCUUUGAGAAGGGUCUAGCUGCCAGUACCAUUACUACAGUAAAAUCAGCAUUACGAAAGAUUUUCCAGGUAGGCUUUAAUAUUAAUCUAUCAGACACAUACUUCUCCUCGAUUCCUUGAGCAUACGCCCGCUUGAGACCAGCAGAUCGCCCCCAGUCGGUCUCCUGGUUCCUGAAUGAUGUCCUUAGACUUGCCUCGGACUCUAACAAUGAGACGUGCCCAUACCUAACCCUUCUUAGGAAGACAUUAUUUUUAAUGGCUUUAGCCUCAGGAGCUAGGAUAUCUGAACUCUCGGCUCUCUCUAGGAAUCCAGGUCAUAUUGAAUUCCUCCCAUCAGGUGAGGUCCUGUUAUCACCCAAUCGACAAUUUCUGGCUAAAAACGAGGACCAACAGAACAGGUGGACUCCUUGGAAAAUUCUCCCCCUUAUGCAGGACACAUCAUUGUGUCCAGUUAAUACAUUAAAAUCCUUCCUAACCAGAACUUCUCGAAAGGUUUCAGGCCCUCUGUUUAUUAGGGAGAAAGGUGGAACAAUCUCUCUGAAAGGUAUUAGGCAGCAAGUACUUUACUUUAUUAAACAAGCUAACCCAGAUUCAAUCCCACAUGUCCAUGACAUCCGGGCAGUAGCCACCUCUAUUAACUAUUUUCAAAAUAUGAACUUUGAAGACCUAAAGAAGUAUAUGGGUUGGAAAUCUCCAGCAGUAUUUAAACGCCACUAUCUCAAAAAUAUAGAGGCCCUUAAAUUCCCAACAGUGGCAGCUGGAAGUAUAGUUUCCCCAGAAUAAUUGUGCCUUAGAAACUUCCUUCUAACCCUUCUAUUUCCUUUUCCCUAAUACUCUCCUUCCUGCCUGACUCGCUCGUAUUCCCCACCAACCUACCUCUUCCGGGCUGGGCUGGCCCUGGGCCAUCCCGUCCUCGGAACUUAUGUAUAUAUUAGUCUGAUAUUCAUUAUAUACCCAUAACUUUUAUGUCCAGUCUGUACAUGUUCAUCCAGGUUACUUUACGUACCAUGUGUACCUUAGUAUUACCAGUCUGUAUAUAUUACUCCUAAGUCGUAGUUUAAGCCAUACUUUAAGUGGUAUAUAAGUUUAUUUCUACAUUAAGUUUAGUCAUUAAA